AUGCCCAAUCAACUUUCGAUCCCGUUCAAGAGAACCUACGUAGUCCCCAUUCGUGACGCCGUCCGGGAUUACAUCCUCGCUCACCACACGGGCACCCAUCCGGACGCAUACCGCUGGGACGUAUCGCAGUGGGAGAAGCUCCGCUCAGAGGUCGUGAGCAGCGUCGUUCACGUCGAUCGCGUCGCGGCCUUGAUUAGCUAUCAUGCCCAGAUAGUCUUCAUCCUCACGAAACUCCCAGCCGACAUCGGGUUGGAGAUUCCCUACGCGCCUGUAUUUGACGGCAACGCCCUUCCGGAGACAUCCAACAGCCUGAUCUAUGACCGCGCCGGAGUCCUCUUCAACCUAUCUGCUCUUUUCUCUCAGCUUGCCACUGCAGAAGACCGCUCUACACCACAUGGUUUGAAACAUGCCAUUAAAUUCUAUCAGAACGCAGCUGGCACUUUGCAGUACCUGGCGGACACAGUUUCGCCUUUAUUGCAAUCCUCCCUAGCACCGAACGAGGCGCCUGUGGAGCUAUUGACGCCAUUCAUCCGAAGCUUGGAGUUCUUGAUGCUCGCACAGGCUCAGGAGUGCGUGUGGCAAAGGGCUGUAAUGGACAAUUUCAAGAAUGGUCUGAUUGCCAAGCUCGCUGCGAAGGUUGGUUCGCUUUAUGGAAUUUCCUCCGAGUAUAUCAAAGAGAACGCGUCCGCAAGGCGUGUCGUGCCUUCUUCCUGGCAGGCACACUUAGAAACGAAGGCCUUCCAUUUCCAGGCUGCCGCGCAGUAUAGGAAGAGCCUCGAGGAUUUGGAAGUGAACAAUUACGGUUAUGAGGUCGCUCGUCUUCUAGAAGCUCAUAGCCUUGCGAAACGCGGAUACGACAUAGCACGACGCGGCGGAGCAUCUGCACCUGUUCAGCAAGACAUCAAGUCCCUGCUCGACAUCCUACAAAAGAAUAUCACGCGAGCGGAACGGGACAAUGACCUCAUCUACCACAAGGAUGUGCCUCCCACUUCAGCACUUCCAGCGAUCGUGGAAGUUUCCGUGGCCAUACCCACCGUGGAACUUGGGCUCAAAGACCCGAAAACGGCGGUGGGAAGCGACGGAGUAAUUUUCGGUGAGCUGUUAGGUUGGGGUGUGCGGACAGCCAUAGACAUCUACAACGAUCGGAGGCAGAACUGGAUUGCCGAAGAAGUCUCGGAACGUGUGCGACGUCUUGACGACAACAUCGCCAACACUCUAGAGAGUUUGAGCCUGCCGUCGGCACUUGACGCUCUUGACAAGCCGAUUGGACUCCCUCCCAGCCUCGUGAAGAAGGCGGGAGAGGUCAGAGCGGACAGCGGCCCAGAACGCAUCGAGGCUAUGAUUCGUGAUGUACAAGCUCUCGCGAAACACAACGCCGACCUCAUUGAUGAAGCCAUGGAUAUUCUCGACCACGAAGCUGACGAGGACGAAGCGUUCCGUGAGGGACACCCCGACGUAGAGCGGCCUGCAUCGCACGAAGCGAACACGGAGCUCGUGCAGAAGGAACAGCGCUAUCGGGCUGUUCUGCAGCAAGCGCGCGACAGCGACGAACUCGUGCGCCAGAAGUGGGAGCAGUGGGAAGACAACAUCGUACAACUCACCUGGACAGAGGCGAGUUUCGAACUAGAACAGAGUAUACCCUCGUCGACCUCCGCCGACAGACUGGGUCAGAACAGCCCUCCCUCUGAGGCCCACGAUCUCACACGCGCCCACGCUCGCGCGCUCCGCGCCCUUUUGGAACGACUGGAAGAUCUUUCAAGAGCCCGCGUGGAGUUGGAGGCUCGCGUCGGCCGCCUCGCGGCGUCGGAUGAUAUCACCCAGCGAGUCUUGAAAGCUGCAUCGGGGAUGGAGCAGUGGGUAAACGUCCAGCCGGCAAUGUUUGAAGACAUCCUUGACGCGGAACUGUCAAAGUUCGAUCGAUUCCGGGUACAGCUUGACGAAGACGAGGAGAAACAAGAGGACAUGUUGCGACAAGUCUCGGAACGUCGGGCCGAGUUCAUCCAGUCUAGAAGAGACGAUGCAUCGAUACAAGCUCGGGAGCUUGCUCUCCAGAGCAUGGAUCUUGCAUACCACAAGUACAAGGAGAUCAUCAGAAAUCUGGAAGAGGGGCUGAAGUUUUACAACGACCUCGCCGUAAUACUUUCCCAAUUCCGAGACACAUGCAAGGACUGGGUCGUCCUCCGCAGGCGGGAGAUCAGGCAUGUGUUCCACCGCCAACCACCUCCGCCGGCGGCUGCACCUAUAAUUGACCGAGGCGUGAAGCGAGAAUCAGAAGAGCACAGGUCCUCGAUAAGCGAUAGCGCGCGUCGGCGGGCGAGGGCGCCGCUGGAUCUGCCGCCACCGAACUCCGACGAGUGGGAGACCAUGGACAUGCCCAAGAUGCCAUCUGUGCCGAAGAAAACGCCGAAGAAGAAAGUCGCAGUGCGCCACUGA